UCGAUUUCGAAGCGGAACUGCUCUGCUCCCCUCCGCCGGCGCUCCUCUCCCCCUCACCCCGCCGCCCGCCGGGAUCCGGAGGUCACACGACGCGCCACGAUGCAGCAGCAGCAGCCGGCCCUCCUCGGCACAGGGGGAGGCGGCGAGCACUGGGACGUGAUGAUGGAGGACACGCUCAUGUCGCAGGGCGAGCUCGCCUCCAUCGACGCGCCCCGCUUCGACGGCGCGGACUUCGAGUCAUGGCAGGUCAUGAUGAGAGGCCACCUGGCUUGGUCACACCCUCUUGUGUGGAGCAUAGUGGAAACCGGCUUCUCUUGUGCGGACGAGGCAAAUCCGACGGACCUCGAGCUGAGGAAGAUGUACUACAAUGCCCAAGCCAUGAACGCCAUACACUCUGCCCUCAGCGAUGACCGGCUCUACCGGAUCUGGCACCUUGACACUGCCAAGGAGGUCUGGGACGCCCUCCAGGUCAUGCACGAAGACACCCCGACCGUCCGCCGGUUAAAGAUCAAACAGCUGAGGGAGAAGAUGAGGUUGUUUGCGUGGAGGAAGGGCGAGUCUGCCGAUCAGAUGCAUACAAGGCUCUGGAAUCUGGCCAUUGACCUGAAUCGCCUUGGUUGCAAAGAGGUGGACGACCCUUAUGUCGUGUGGACGAUGCUUCGUGCCAUGGCGCCUAGGAAGCCGGCCUUUGUGGACGGCAUUCGCCGGGAGCCUGGCUUUGAAGAGCUCACCCCUCUGGAUGUGCUCCACAACUUCCAAGUCUACGACUGCAGGCAAGAGCUAUCCAGAAUACUCAUGCGCGGUACGCGAGGGCGAAGCCGGACACUGUCACGCCGAGCGAGCCCGCCGACGAUGCAGAUUGCUCCGGAGAAGCGCCUCGCUUCGAUGGCACGCGCUAUCUAUCAUGGCAGCGCAGGAUGAAAUUCCAUCUGCUUAGCAUUGACCCUCUAGUGUGGAGAGCUGUGGAAACUGGCUUCUCUUGUGCAGAUGAAGCAAACCCAACGGCUCUUGAAAAGAGGAACUGGCAGCACGAUUACCGAGCUAGACGUGCCUUACAGUAUGCCAUAGGUGAUGAUCAAUACAUUCGGAUUUGCCGAUAUCAAUAUAAUAAGAGUGCCAAGGAGAUUUGGGAUGCUCUCCGAAAAUCUAAUGAAGCGGCUGGUAAGUCAAAGCUCUGUUCACUGAGGAUGGAUAUGAACUUCUUCGUCUUAGGGGAAGACGAGUCCCCGAGUGACAUGUAUACAAGGCUCAACAAUUUGGCCAAUGAAAUGAAGGGUCUCGGGUGCAAGGAGAUGACCGAUUCCUAUCUUGUGGAGAAGAUGCUUUUUGCCAUGACGCCAAGGAACCCAACCAUGGUUUUCCUCAUCCAUCAGAAGCAUGACUUUGAACUACUCACCCCUCGGGAGGUGCUUGCAACCUUCCUCCUCUACGGCGGGGAGCAAAAAGAAUCCAAAGUCGUGUGUGGGCAUGCUUUGCCACGCUCAAGCAAAAAGGUCAACGCUGCCUUGAAGGCCAAGCAAGUCCAAAUGGAGGAAAACGACCAUGAUCAAUACCAAGAGCAAAUUCAACAAGGAAUACAAGAAUUGGCUCUCUUAAUGAAGAAAUGUGAAGGGUGUCUUGGAAAGAAAGCCUAUGGAACAAGAAGUGAUUUCUCUGACAAGUCCAAGAUGAAGAAAUCAAAGAGAUAUUGCUAUCAAUGUGGUGAUCCCAAUCAUUUCAUUGCUGAUUGUCCUAAGAAGGAGGGUAGGAAAGAAGAGAAGGAGAAGAGCAAGUACAAGACGAAGCCAUUCGAUCACAAAGGCAAGCCAUACAAGCCAGACGGGCAGAAAGGUGUGGAGGCACAUCCUCGCGUCAACACGGGAGUGGAAAGUGCCGUUCAAAGAUGCAGAGGUGGUGGACUUGGACCGCUUCGGAGGCCGGUUAAUGGAGAACCUGAGAACUCCACUUCGGCUGACGAGGCGCUGAAGAGGGGGCUGGUGCCGAAGCCGACAAGGAAACCCGCCGCCCAGCCGUCACAGCAACCCUUCUGCCUCAGUGCUCACCUUCCUAGAGGAGUGGCCUUCUGCCUCAGUGCGUAUCUGCCCAGAGGAGUGAUGGUAUAUGAUGAUGAUGAUGAUGAUGAUGAUGAUGAAGUUACUGAAUCUUAAGCACACACAUGCUGUUCACCUCUCAAACCUGUUUUUUCUUCUUCUUUUGGCUCGCAUUGUAGGCCUUAUUUCCGAUGCUAUGUAACGCUGAGUUUGCGAAGGAUUUGAACCUGUUAGCGCUGUAUAACUCGUCGGUUUCAUUCUAUAAAAUAGA